AUGAAGUCUGAUAACUGCAGCCAGCCUGAAUUCAAUUACUCAUCGCUCCCUCUCUCUCUCUCCCUUUUGUUUUCAGGUUAUGGCGGGCUGGAGCUACUGUUGGUUCUGUGUGGUCUGGACCUGUCUAUGCCUUGCCCCACAGACUGCAUCUGCUACACUUCUCCAAGCACUGUCUCCUGCCAGGCACACAAUUUUGACAAGGUCCCUGAAGGCAUCCCAGCACAGAGCGAGCGGGUCUUUCUCCAGAACAACAAGAUCAAGGAACUGCAGAAUGGACACUUCUCGCCCACCACCAUCAUGCUCUGGCUCUACUCCAAUAACAUCUCCUACAUCCAGCCGUCCACCUUCCACGGAUUUGAGCGGCUGGAGGAGCUGGACCUGGGGGACAAUCAGCACCUCAAGGCCCUGGGGGCAGACACCUUCAUGGGGCUAGGGAGACUUCACGCUCUGCACCUGUACCACUGUGGCCUGAUCACUCUACCCCAGGGGAUUUUCGCUGGCCUCCAUAAUCUCCAGUAUCUGUAUUUGCAGGACAACCAGCUGGAGUUCCUGGAGGACGACUUGUUCAUUGACCUGCUGAACCUGAGUCACCUGUUCCUCCAUGGCAAUCGUCUGUGGAGCCUGCGGCAGAACACGUUUCGGGGGCUGGGGGUUUUGGACCGGCUGCUUCUGCACCAGAACAAGAUCCAGUGGAUCGACCGACAGGCUUUCCAUGACCUGAGACGCCUCACUACCCUGUUCCUCUUCAAUAACUCCCUGACAGAGCUGUCAGGCUCCAGCAUGACGCUUCUGCCUGCGCUCGAGUACCUGCGUCUCAAUGACAACCCCUGGGAGUGUGACUGCAAGGCCCUGUCUCUGUGGGACUGGCUGCGGCGCUUCAGAGGCUCCACCUCCGAGCUGCUGUGCACCUCCCCUCCAGAGCUGAAAGGAAAGGACCUCAAGAGCCUGAAGAAGGAGCAACUGCCGUCCUGCUCCUCUGGGGAGGGCCACCCAAGGGUGCCAGGACACGAGAUGGAUCAGGGCGAGUAUCUCAAUCAUCUUAACCGUCACCGACACCACCACAACCACCACCAGCGGCCCUACUUGCCUCACGGCGACCAGUACAGCCUGCCCUCCCCCUCGCCCCUGCCUCGGCCUCCUAAGGGGGCGCGCAGAAACUGUACGCGCCGGGGCCGAAAGGCGAAGGGGGGCCUGAACGAGGUGCAGAUCCUCCGAGAUGACAAAGACUACUCUCCAGAUGGAGGGAAAUACGACCUGUCUCCAUCGGGACGCAGGAAGAACAAGUGCAUCCCCAGGACUUCAGUGGGCCCCCCCAGUGGGGUCCAGAGGGUCAAUAACCAGGCCCCACUUCUCCCCCCGUUGCCCCACCCCUGUCUGACCCUGUCCCUGCUGCUGUCGCUCCUCUCUGUGGUCUUUCAUUGA